AAUCUAAUCGUAGUCGCGAAACGUUAAUUAGAGCUGCUGAAGUUGAGUACGAAACCCUUCGACGCACUUUCCGGAGACGUGUCAACCCAGCAGAGCUGAACAGGAAGCCAGACGCGCAGGUUUGUUGAUUGCGAUCAAUUGCCUGACGGACGCAAUCAGAACCUGGAUGGGACUGUAAGGACUACGAUGGACUCUCUGGACUGGCUUUUUUUGGUCUUGGUGAUGGCGCACUUGUAUGUGUCGCCGUUCACGAAGGUCGAAGAGUCGUUCAAUUUGCAUGCGAUCCACGAUAUGCUGUUCCAUGGAUCUGAUAUCGAUUCGUACGAUCACCGUGAAUUCCCAGGCGUUGUCCCACGAACAUUUCUCGGGGCCUUGGUAGUAGCCGCGAUCACGAAGCCAUUACAGCUCCUCGUUCCUCUACGGUCAAAGUUCGAUCUCCAACUAAUAGCCCGUGGCGUGCUGGGACUGAUCAAUUGGUAUUCUGUGGUUUACUUUCGCGGCUGCAUCAGACGCGUGUUUGGCAAGACCACCGCGUUCUGGUUUGCUACGUUCCAGUACUCGCAGUUCCACAUAACAUACUACGCGUCGCGGACGCUGCCAAACAUGUUUGCGUUCCCGCUGACGAUGGUUGCUGCUGGUUACUGGAUCACGAAUCGGCCGCGGCGGACAAUUGCAGUGAUGGCGUUCACGACGGUCGUGUUUCGAUCAGAGUUGCUGCUGUUGAUCGCGCCGCUUGCGCUGUCGGCUCUAGUGCAAAGGCGGAUAUCGGUGUAUCAUUUAGUUCUCGCUGGUAUUGAGGGCGGGCUGUUGGGGAUGACGCUUUCGAUUGCUACAGAUACCGUGUUUUGGAAAUUCCCGAUCCUGCCCGAGGCCUACGGAUUUUAUUUCAACGCGGUGCUGGGCAAGGCAGUAGCCUGGGGCACGCAGCCAUGGUACGCCUAUUUCUGCAACCACGUCCCCAAACUGCUUUUGAACCCGGCCGCGGUGCCAUUGUUUGCCGUCGGUCUGUUUUUCGAAGCGCGCCGGAUUGGGAUGACCGUUGGGCCGUAUCUGGUGUUUAUCGCGCUGUACUCGGCGCAGCCCCACAAGGAAUGGCGGUUUAUCGUGUAUGCGGUUCCGGUGCUGACGUUGACGGUUGCGUUGGGCGCGAGCUGGAUUAGCAAUCGGAUGCGGAAGGGAUACGUUUACUUGGGCACGACGCUGAUGCUGGUGAUUUCGGUUGCGGCGACGCUGAUGCUGGCGGUGGGAAUGCUUGCGAUUUCGUCGGCGAAUUAUCCCGGUGGACAUGCUGUGAUGGCGAUGCAUGGCGGGUUGGAGCAGUCCGGUCUGGGAAACCUGACUGUGCAUCUCGAUAUUCCGACGUGCAUGUCUGGCGCGACGCUGUUUACGUUCACGCGCGAGGACAUCGAGUAUGACAGAACAGAGGACGAAUAUGAGCUGCGGGACGUUGCGCCGGACGUGUCGGUGAUGGUGACGUUUGACAAGCAAUUCCCAGAACCGUACCCGGCGUUUGGCACCGCGCGCGAGUGGGCGUUCAAGGGCAGCGUGAAGGCGUUUGCGGCGAUGCAGGCGCCGUGGGUCGCGCUCGGGCCUAGGUUUUGGGAGACGGAGGAGUGGUGGAAGCAGGUUGUGCUGGUGCAGGACCGGGUGUGGAUAUACGUGCGGAGGUCGGUUUUUGAGAGCUAGUGAAAACGAGCUAACGGCCAACGGUGGAGACUGUUGUAAAGUUUUGUAUAUAUGUGACAGAAUUGUGGCUAUUACUUAACGGUCAGGCAACCAUGGCUAUGGAUGAUGAGAAUCACCGAGAUCUAUGAGAAAGAAGGAGAUCUGAGAUAGAAGGAGAUCUGAGAUAGAAGGACGAUAUUUUAG